AUGACCAAAGGAGUGCAAAAGCAACUUUCCGGAGAUCCAGGAAUACGAGGUCGCAAAAUUGUCAUAGCUGUGGAUGGUUCUGCAAAUGCAAAAUAUGCUUUCCGAUGGUAUCUUCAGCACUCCAGACUGCCUGAUGAUGGGGUGUUAUUUUUGCACAUAUUUGAAGCCCCCUCAUUAACGGCAUUCAGUUUAAACAAUCUCGGAUCAAUGCCUCUAGAGGAAUGGAAAAAGGAACUACGCGAAAAGGUGAAUAAAGUGCGACAACUUGAGGAGGACUACAUUGCAGAGGGUAGAGGUGCGACCUUGAAUUGUGCUUUCCUCAGUAAACCUGCCGAAAAGAUAGGCGAAGGUAUCAUCCGCACAGCUAAGGAUAUGAAUGCGAAUUUGAUCAUUAUGGGAACUCGUGGACCUGAGGCAGCUUCUCGUGCUCUUCUUGGUAGCGUGAGUGAAUUUGUCAUUCGCCAGGGUGCUGUACCAGUUACCGUGGUACCGAACAGAAAUAACAAAUAA